GUGUGCAUUUGAUCAGUGGCUCGGGUUUGUUUUUUGUAUACAGGUGUCUCCUGCUAGUGGAGAUGGAUAACAGACGGAAGUCAAGGCAGCUGAAAUGUUAUAGUCAGGCACUCUGUUAGACUGUCCUCAUGCUUUUUAUUCAAGACAACCUCUACAAAGAAUCUGUAAAAAUGAUGAUGAACAUUGUCCUUUUGUGUAUGAUCCUCUGCAUAUCGUUGUCCUUCUGGAUAAUAUCUAUUACUGCAAGUACAUAUUACGGCACACUAAGGCCCAUCUCUCCUUAGCGCUGGUUGGUAUCUGUAGUAAUCCCAGUCAUCAUUGCAUCUCAUGGAUUAAAAAGGAAAAGCUUGGAUCAUAGCGGUGCCCUUGCAGGGUUACUUGUUGGCUUCAUCUUGACUGUUGCCAAUUACAGCUUUUUUUCAGCUUUGUUUAUAUUUUUCUUUACUUCCUCCAAACUCACUAAAUGGAAAGGAGAUGUUAAGAAGCACUAUGAUUCUGAAUAUAAAGAAGGUGGACAAAGGAAUUGUGUGCAAGUUUUCUGUAAUGGUGGCGUCCCUACAGAGUUGGCUUUGCUGUACAUGGUAGAAAAUGGUCCUGGGGAAAUACCUAUUGACUUUUCCAAUGAAUACACUGCAUCAUGGAUGUGCUUAUCACUACUGGGAGCAAUCGUUUGCUCAGCGGGUGAUACAUGGGCUUCAGAGAUAGGUCCUGUACUGAGUAAAGGUGCACCAAGGUUAAUAACUACCUGGGGAAAAGUUCCUGUAGGUACCAAUGGAGGAGUCACUCCAGUAGGUCUCAUUGCAAGUCUUCUCGGUGGACUGUUUGUGGGAGUAGCAUAUUUUCUAACUCAGCUUAUGUUUGUGAAUGAUUUGGACAUUGCAGCUCCACAGUGGCCAAUUGUAAUUUAUGGUGUAAUGGCUGGUUUACUUGGAUCUGUAAUAGAUUCCUAUUUGGGUGCAAUCAUGCAAUAUUCAGGUUACGAGGAAAAUACAGGGAAGAUUGUCAAUCAACCAACCACUAAUUCAAAGCUUAUCUCUGGGAAACCUAUUUUAGACAAUAAUGCUGUGAAUUUAUUCUCAUCCAUACUUAUAGCUAUACUUCUCCCUGGAGCUGCAUGGAGUUUUUGGCCAAGAGCCUGAACUACAUUAAUUCUUUUGAAAUAAAUCUAAAAAAACAUAGUACUUAAUGAGAAAUAAUCAGUGCAUGUUAUGAAGAGUUAUGUGAUAUGGGACACUGGUUAUUUUCCUAUAUAAAUAAUGUCGAGCAAUCAUAUCAAUUCUCUGUCAUUGGCUUGCAUUCUAGUUGCCUGUUCUAUAUAUUCUAUAUGAAAUUGACAAAAAAAAUAAGCGGGCAUUAUUGCAUUAUGUUUGAAGAAAGAACUGUUUACAUCUCUUAUUGACAAA